GGGAAGAGUUGGGCGGCCCGAGUCGCAGUCUCACUCCCCGAUUUCUCGGCAGCAGGAGCGUGACCGCUGGCCAUCUGCCCGCACCACCGGCGUCCUACUACUCCCAGCCCGGAGGACUGCUCGUCACCCUCGCUAGUUGGGAGCUUCACCGCCGAGAGCCCAAGCCCUGAGGUGGGCACCGGACACCCCUGGGUGCACCAAGCAGGAUGUCGUUCGGACAGUCGCGCUAGGUGACCCAUACCGGGCACAGAGCUCUCUAGCUCCCUGGCCACCGUCCGAGCGGCGGUGGCGGAGGUGAUGAGCACCGGACGCGCAAAGCACCUGCAGCGAGCUAUCCCCGGGAGGUGGACGCCGAGCAGGGCUCCUCGCAGGACUGUGCGGAUCUUUACCUCCCCAGGCACGAGGUGGCGAAACCUUCCCGCUGCGCCUCCGGUCAGGAUGCUCAGGGCACCUCCCUGCUGAUGAGAUGUUCCCUUAGGCGGCUGUGCCGUACGCAGCCCGGGUCUCAGGCGGUUGUGCACAACUGAGUGGGCUCGGCUCUGGCCCCUCGUGCAGGCGGAUGAAAAGUGCCGGAGGCCUUGUAUGGGAUCAGCGAUCAAAUUUUAAGAGCCAUGGACGAAGUGGCAGCGCAAUCCCGGGGCCAGGAGCAGCUGGGGGCACCUGAGGCUGUAGGAGCUGUCCAGGAGAAGUGCGAGCCAGAGACCUUCAGGUCUAAGAGUUUACCGGUCCUGCACAGCGCCCCUUGCCGGCCGAAUCUCAGUGCAGGGAAUGCAGAUGGCGAACUGGCCUGGGGCUGCCCUGAAGCUUUGGAUCGCCAGGAGAUGCAUGGAGGGCAGAACCUUAUAGUCCCUAGCCCUUCUGGCCCAUCCACUUCGGCAGGAACUACAGCGGAAGUCAUGGACUGCAACCACAGGAUGGACCCCAGCAAAACGAUAUCAGUGUCUUCUACUCUGGCCACACUCCAGGAGGGAAGGUGUCUCUAUGUGGUCCUUACCGAUUCUCGCUGCUUCCUAGUGUGCAUGUGUUUUCUGACCUUCAUCCAGGCGUUAAUGGUCUCUGGGUACCUGAGCAGUGUCAUUACAACCAUCGAAAGGCGUUAUAGCCUGAAGAGUUCCGAGUCUGGGCUGCUGGUCAGCUGCUUUGACAUAGGGAACCUGGUGGUGGUGGUGUUCGUCAGCUACUUUGGUGGCCGCGGGCGAAGGCCUCUGUGGCUGGCCGUGGGUGGACUUCUCAUAGCUGUCGGGGCUGCGCUCUUCACCUUACCUCACUUCAUCUCGCCUCCGUACCAAAUCCAAGAGUUGAACGCAUCGGCCUCCAACGAUGGCCUUUGUCAGAACGGCAACGCCACGGCUUCCUUGGAGGCUCCCCCCUGUCCCAAGGACUCAGGAGGAAAUAAUCACUGGGUCUAUGUGGCUUUAUUCGUUUGUGCACAGGUUCUCAUUGGAAUGGGCUCCACACCGAUUUACACCCUGGGACCAACCUACUUAGACGACAAUGUCAAGAAAGACAACGCAUCCUUGUACCUAGCCAUCAUGUACGUCAUGGGAGCGCUUGGCCCUGCAGUAGGAUACUUACUAGGUGGGCUACUCAUUGGUUUUUAUGUCGAUCCCAGAAACCCUGUUUUCCUCGAUCAGAGCGACCCUCGUUUCAUCGGAAACUGGUGGAGUGGAUUCCUCCUUUGUGCCAUUGCUAUGUUCCUUGUGAUAUUCCCAAUGUUUACUUUUCCAAAAAAGCUUCCUCCUCGACACAAGAAAAAGAAAAAGAAAAAGUUUUCUGCUGACGUCGUUAGCGAUGAUGAUGUCAUCAAGGAGAAAUCAACCACCAGUGAACAAGUGAACAAAAAAGUUUCUUCAAUGGGCUUUGGAAAGAACGUCAGAGACCUACCGAGAGCAGCUGUCAGGAUCUUAAGCAACAUGACAUUCCUUUUUGUGAGUUUGUCAUACACAGCUGAGAGUGCCAUUGUUACUGCUUUCAUUACCUUCAUCCCCAAGUUCAUCGAGUCACAGUUUGGUAUCCCAGCUUCCAAUGCCAGCAUCUACACUGGUGUCAUCAUUGUCCCCAGUGCUGGUGUUGGCAUUGUCCUGGGAGGCUACAUUAUAAAAAAGUUGAAGCUCGGUGCCAGAGAAUCCGCAAAACUAGCAAUGAUCUGCAGCGGGGUGUCUUUGCUGUGCUUUUCAACACUGUUUAUUGUUGGAUGUGAAAGCAUUAACCUAGGCGGUAUAAACAUCCCUUAUACAACAGGACCUUCUCUGACCAUGCCCCAUAGGAAUCUGACAGGGAGCUGCAAUGUUAAUUGUGGUUGUAAAAUACACGAAUAUGAGCCAGUCUGUGGGUCAGAUGGGAUCACAUACUUUAACCCGUGCCUGGCUGGCUGUGUUAACAGUGGCAAUCUCAGCACUGGGGUUCGGAAUUACACAGAGUGUGCCUGCGUCCAAAGCCGACAAGUGAUCACCCCGCCCACAGUGGGACAGCGCAGUCAGCUCCGAGUGGUCAUUGUGAAGACAUAUCUCAAUGAGAAUGGCUAUGCUGUAUCCGGGAAGUGUAAACGUGCCUGCAACACCCUCAUCCCCUUCUUAGUCUUCCUUUUCAUAGUCACCUUCAUCACAGCCUGUGCUCAACCAUCAGCUAUUAUCGUGACGCUCAGGUCGGUGGAAGACGAGGAAAGGCCCUUCGCGCUGGGGAUGCAGUUCGUUUUGUUGCGAACACUUGCGUACAUUCCUACUCCAAUUUACUUCGGAGCCGUGAUUGACACCACCUGUAUGCUCUGGCAGCAGGAAUGUGGCGUGCAGGGGUCUUGCUGGGAGUACAACGUGACGUCGUUUCGUUUUGUCUACUUCGGUUUGGCGGCUGGCCUCAAAUUUGUUGGCUUUAUUUUUAUUUCCCUGGCCUGGUACUCUAUCAAAUACAAAGGGGACGAACUGCAGAGGCAGGGGUGCAGAGAUUUCCCGCUGAGCACUGUGAGUGAGCUAGUGGGCCAGCCCAACAAAGCUGAGAAAUAUGCCCGGACUACAUCGUGCCCCGCCUUCAGUACCCACGGAGAACUCCAGGAGGAAACUGGUCUGCAAAAGGGAUUCCCAGGCACCACACAGACUCAUCCUGGGCCUUUCUCAGAAGCAAUACGUUCCUCUACAGACCCCGGGCUAGACGAGAGCCCCAAUGCUGCUGUGUAGCGUGCCUGCUGAAGCCUGGGAAAGGAAGACACGUUUUGUUGGUUGAGUUGACUAUGGCGAGUUGAGAAACACCUGUGCCUUCUUACGUUCUUUUUUUUAAACCUCGACAGACACAAUCCUCAAACCAACAUAACUCCCUAUACACAGCCACUAUUGAUUGGGGGCUGGAUACCUCAAAAAAACUGAACGUCUUCCCCCUCUUUUGUCCAGGGAGGAGCUUAGAUACAUCUGCUACCAUUUCUGCUGGAUUCAUUUAAUGCUCCUGCACCUGUUUGGUAGAAGCCUGAGAUCCAUGGUUAACCAUGGGAAAGGCUAUGACCAUGCAUAUCGUUAGCAAAAGCACUCCAGGGAAAGGUUAACUUGACCAUGACUUUUUGUGUGCAAGUCAGAGUUUUUAGAUUUGAGCACCUACUUUGAGUUCUGCUCCAAAGCACAACUGAAUUUGCCUCAACUAUGCAAUUGGGUUGGAACAAUGCAAGUGUGGCGUGCCCCUUUGGCUUUCAGAGAAUAAAGCAGAUAUGUUUUUGAU